GUGCAGUAUGACAAAACCCCUGCUUGCUUUUUGCUGCCAUUCUCGUUCUAACAAAGGAUUUGAUUGUAACUUUGAAAGGCAGUGCAUACGGAGAGAUAAAAUAAUUAGGGAGAAAAAAAAAAAAAACAAAGCACCACACUACCUCCUUUUGGAAGACAUCACCUCUCCGUUGUCUGGAGGAAACUGUGGUUCAUCCAGUAAUUCUGUGUGGAAUUCAACAAGAUGUUGGAGAUACGAAUGCAAAUGAGACAAGGUUCCUGACCCCCAACUCCAGGAGAUAAACCAUGCAGGAGGGGAGGCUGCACAGCACCUGCCCCUCUGGAGCCGGGGAAGGUUACGUGGAGAAGAGGACAACUGCCACGGAUCUUGAAAGAAAGCUUCAGGGUUGGGAGUGAACUAGAAAAGGCAAACACCUGCCCUUUCAGGAGCUCCAGCAGUGCUAAAGGAGGCAGUGCCAGUGGCAGCACCCUAGCAUCUCAUCCAACUGAAGACUCACUCAAAGGCGGCGGCGGGCGGCGGGGCUUCUCGCUCCGGCAGCGGCGGCGACAGUGGUGGCGGCUUCCGGAGUCCCGCCGCGAAGAUGCUCAAAGUCACGGUGCCCUCGUGCUCCUCCUCGUCCUGCUCUUCGGUCACCGCCAGUGUGGCCCCAGGAGCCGGGAGCCUCGUCCCGGAUUACUGGAUCGAAGGUUCCAACAGGGAUGCGUUGAGCGAUUUCUUCGAGGUGGAGUCGGAGCUGGGACGGGGUGCUACAUCCAUUGUGUACAGAUGCAAACAGAAGGGGACCCAGAAGCCUUAUGCUCUCAAAGUGUUAAAGAAAACAGUGGACAAAAAAAUCGUAAGAACUGAGAUAGGAGUUCUUCUUCGCCUCUCACAUCCAAACAUUAUAAAACUUAAAGAGAUAUUUGAAACCCCUACAGAAAUCAGUCUGGUCCUAGAACUCGUCACAGGAGGAGAACUGUUUGACAGGAUUGUGGAAAAGGGAUAUUAUAGUGAACGAGAUGCUGCAGAUGCUGUUAAACAAAUCCUGGAGGCAGUUGCUUACCUACAUGAAAAUGGGAUUGUCCAUCGUGAUCUCAAACCAGAGAAUCUUCUCUAUGCAACUCCAGCCCCAGAUGCACCACUCAAAAUCGCUGAUUUUGGACUCUCUAAAAUUGUGGAACAUCAAGUGCUCAUGAAGACAGUGUGUGGAACCCCAGGGUACUGCGCACCUGAAAUCCUUAGAGGCUGUGCCUAUGGACCUGAGGUGGACAUGUGGUCUGUCGGAAUAAUCACCUACAUCUUACUUUGUGGAUUUGAACCAUUCUAUGAUGAAAGAGGUGAUCAGUUCAUGUUCAGGAGAAUUCUGAAUUGUGAAUACUACUUUAUCUCCCCCUGGUGGGAUGAAGUAUCUCUAAAUGCCAAGGACUUGGUUAGAAAAUUAAUUGUUUUGGAUCCUAAGAAACGGCUGACUACUUUCCAAGCUCUCCAGCACCCAUGGGUCACAGGCAAAGCAGCUAAUUUUGUACACAUGGAUACUGCUCAAAAGAAGCUCCAAGAAUUCAAUGCCCGACGCAAGCUUAAGGCAGCAGUGAAGGCCGUGGUGGCCUCUUCCCGGCUGGGAAGCGCCAGCAGCAGCCACAGCAGCAUCCAAGAGAGCCAGAAGGCCGGCCAGGCACCUUCUUCGAUUCAGGAUGGCAGUGAAGAUGUUAAAGCUAUCUCAGAAGGAGCGGAAGUUCAAGGAAGUGGGGCCCCAGUGGCAGUUGAGCGAGCAGAGGCUGAGCUGAUGACGGUACAGGCCGUAGAAGAAGUUAAAGAUGCUGAUAUAAGUGCUGCCAAGGCCGCCAGUGCGGUGCCCAAAGCACUAGAAGAUGGGACAAAGGUGGCUGACCCGGAAAUCGAGGAGGGCCUAGUAGAGGAGAAGCUGAAGACCUCGGAGGAAGCAGCAGCCUCCAAACAAGAGCAAGAAAACCCGGCUGUGGUAUUUGGAGCUCAGCAGAAUGAUGUGAUCCUGCCAGAGUACUGAUUUGGCUUCUUUCCAGUCGGGAGGCCAAAUGCGGGCACUUUGUAUGUUUUGUCCUUCAGCAAGGAAGAUGUGGAAGCAUGAUCUGCAUUAUAGUGAUUCUGUUUUUUGAGGUGCAAAAAAAAUACAUAUAUAUCAGUUGGUAAUCCUAACUUCAUGCAUGUGACUGCUUUAUGAAAAAAUAGUGUCUUCUGUGGUACGUAAUGGAUACCUAAUGCUGAUGAGUUAAAUUUGAAAUUUUGAGUAAACAACAUACAUUUUAAAAACAUACAUUUUCAGGGACCAGUAGCAUACAUUUGAAGUAACUAGUAACACAUUGUUUUUGCUUUGAAAACCUAGCCAUCAUACAUCCUUUGGAUUUCUUCACAAGGCAGUAAUUCCUUUGGACUGUUGCUCAAUAUUAGGUAAUGCUAGGAGACAUGUUCCCAUGGCAUUCACAUUAUACUUUUCAGUGUGUUCAAACUGUUUACAAGGAGAUGGUUAUAGGGUGCAGUUUUAUGGUACAUAUAAAAAAUCCCACUUACAAUGGUAAGAAGUUGAAGCAUACUUAAGGGCCAUGAAACAAAAUGCCCUUAAAGCUUGUGUAGCAAAUGCUUUCUAAUUUUGUCCUUAUUUAUACACACUAUAUUACUAAUAACCAAAAAUGUUCUAUCACAAAAUCCUGCCAUUUUACAAUCCUGGAGAAAGUAUUUUACAGACUCCUGCUGAGAGAUAUAUCCCUUCCUUCCCAUGCUAAUACAGUUUCUUUCUCAUGGACAACACUUAAGGUAGGCUAAAGAAACUGAGGGAAGAGAAGGAGCUAAGGCCUAGACCUAAACUAGCAAAGGUUGACUGCUUGUCAUUUUCAGAUACAAUUGGAUUUAUUCAUGAGUUUGUACAACUUUAAAGACCGUGACAUUUUUAUGAAUAAACUCUGUAUUUACCGAGUUUCAAAUAUUCAGAAAAAUCUACCCCACAGGCUGGUGCCAAAAUGUCUGAAUAGAGUGAGAAUAAUAUUCCAUUAUAAGAUCAUCCACUUUACUAGAGUAAGCAAACUUUUGUUUAUGAAAGUCCUUUUUCCCUUCAGUUGAUGAUGAACUAGAUAUAUUGCUUAUGAACUAAAGAUAUUUCAGAAAAUCUGGUAUAUCUUUUUCUCAUACUUGGAAUAGAAGUGCCCACAUCUUACAAUGUAGUUUUUUAGUUUCCAUGCCAAGAAAUUUAGGACAGUGCAACAUUUUAUUUGCCUUAAAAAACAAAAACAAAAAGAAACAAAGAAAAAGCACUGAUUUCAAAUCAGACUCACAAGAAGCUAUAACAUUAGACCUAAUACUUCAUUAUGAUUUUUUUUCAAAGUAUUUUUCUUUGAUUUUUCAUAUGAACACUUUUCCCUUAUAGAAACCACACCUAAAUUCCAAGUACCUCAUAUUUCUUUCUAGUUUGAGAUGAAGUGAACAUUUUUAUCAAAUUAUGCAUCACAAAUAGGUUUCCUCAGUUUUAAAAAAGGAUUAUUUUCAGAGACCAAAAUAUGGACAGUAAAAAUGACUGUCACAUAAAAAUCUUCACCGAAAAAAGAUCUUAAAUUCUUUUGGCUCUUCCUCAAAACUGUCAAAUUGGAAAAUGAAAUUAAAUCUCUGGUUCCUGCGGGCUCCCGGACCUUGGUAGAUAUUCUGCUUUCCAAGCGCAAACCUUCCUUUACUACUGUUGUCAUAAGAAGAAAAGGUAGGACUUCUCAUCGUCCGUGGUUUAAGGGCCUGAUGGGUCACCGACAUGGACAGAGGAAAAAGCCCUUAAAGAGCACAUCAUCUGGGCUCAGAAGAUUAUUUUUUGUUUUAGCUAGUUGAGAGUACUUAUUUUCUCCUGUUUCUUUCCUUCCUUCUUUAUUCUCUCAGAAUUUCCAGGUUAGUAAUUAUAAAGGGCUCACUCUUUUUAAUCUUUAAGAACGCCUUCUUCACUAAGCAUUAACAUUUCCAUUUAAGAAGAUCAAUUGCCCGGUGUGCUUUUCCUAAUGAGACUUAACAGGCAGAUAGGGUCGUUGUCCCAUAUACUGGAAAAGGAAAGAAGAGAGGGAAAUGGAUCUUACUGGACAGUGGCAUUGUUGGAACAUCAUUAGGCGUUGCCCUUCCGGGCCCCGUCCACCCCCACAGUGUUCCGAGGGAGGGCAGUCAUUCUCUGAUCCAUCAGUCAGGCUGACUGCGCUGCCUGUGGCCUGUGUUAACAGGAGCUCCAGCAGUAGCGGAUGCGAAAGGCUAGUGUGUGUUUAAGAAUUUACCCAUUUAAAUGAGUACCCAUGCCUUUUCCUUGGUGAGUACUUGAGCACCUGAGGGUGAUUUCCUCUGUUUUUUUUUUUUUUUUUUUAACCUGUAAAUUGCACUUUCUAAAGAUGAACGGGAGUCUUAAAUUUUGACUGUAAAAGAUGAAGUCCUGAUGAUGCCAAAAUAGUGACUAACUUUGUCAUUUCAAUGCAAAAACAAGUCAGGCUUUCACAAAAAUUGGUCAUUUCAGCCAAACGAUUCAAUCUAAGAUUUAACAGAAAUACAAUCUGUUAGGAUAAUUAGAUUAACCAUUUUGAAAGAACAACAAACAUUUAUCUUCUUUAUUUAAAAGAGAUCUGUUAUCUAUCUCAAAGAUUAACUUAGCUAGGGGCGCCUGGGUGGCUUAGUCCAUUAAGCAUCUGACUUCAGCUCAGGUCAUGAUCUCAUGUUCAUGAGUUCUAGCCCCACAUUGGACUCUGCUGACAGCUGAGAGCCUGGAGCCUGUUUUGAAUUCUGUGUCUCCCUCUCUUUCUGCCCCUUCCCUGCUCAUGCUCUCUCUCUCUCAAAAGUAAACAUUAAAAAAAACAACAACAACCCCACAAAGAUUACUUAGCUCAAUAAUGGUAGACUGUUGUAGAGAGAGCCAUAAUUUGACAAACUCUUUCAUAAUGUUACCUUUAAUUAAGACAAUAUAGUCACAAAGCAAAAACAUUAAGGUUAUUUUAGCACAGAACAAUAAAUUCUGUUUUGCAUUUUAGAGCUGACAGUUAAUACAUUAUUGAUUUUUGUUUCUCAAAUAAGUUCAGAUACAUAGCAUGAACUAGACUAUUUUACCAUGAAGAAUUAUGGUAAUUAUUAUUUCUCACAUUUAAAAAGUCUAGUCAGAAUCCCACUGGGUUUUUCAGGCUGUAAGAGCUCAUUUGCCCCACAAAUACAUAAAUAAGGGAGAAAUUAGAAUAACAUGGUUGUAGAAGUUAUCAUCUAGAACAAGUGCUAUAAUCCCAAUGUAUAAUCAAUAUGAAAAAUUAUUGAGAUAUUUUGAAUUAAUUAUUUUUAUAUUGUUUUAAAAAUCAGGCGUACAUAUAUAUAUAUAUAUAUAUAUAUAUAUAUAUAUAUAUUACACCUUUAGGACAUCAAGUGCUCAAUAGCCACACAUGACUAGUGGCUAAUGUUUUGGAACAAAACUGUUCUAGAGCACACUUCUAAAGCAAAAAUGACACAUGAAUUUCUAUGCUUAGAUUUGAGCUGCCUCAGUUUUCCAUACUGAUGAGUUGGUAGGAGGCCAAAAAGAAAAUGUUUCCGAAAUGUCACAGACCAAAAUAAGUAAAAACUCUAUUGGCCACAUCUGCUUAAUCAUGUACUUCAAAGGAAGAUUUCCCAUCACGACUUUUAGAGAACAAUGCCUUCCUGGGCAUUGCAAAAUUGUCUGUUUGCCACAGUCCCUCUAAUCCCUCUCUGGGCCCUGGAAUCUUGACUUCAGGCUCGAGUCUCAUGAGUACUGCCAUAACAUCAACAGUAUUCUUGUGUAUGAAACCAUGUGUCCCCACUCAGGAGGGACUACACACAGACCCUUAAUAGGAUUUUUUUAAGGCUAGACUGAGGUGGGCAUCAUUUUGUUACAGGCAAUAUUUCGUUCUACAAAUCACCCGAACAUACUAAAUUCGUGUGAUGAAGAUCGUUUGGGGAGGGUGAGGAUAUCAUCCCAGUAACCCCCAAAAUAAGAAUGACUGUUGGCUAGAUCUUUUUAGAUUUCCUCAGAACUGUUCAAUCAACACUGCCAUUAUACAUGGAUUCAAAGACUUAGAAUUUUUUUAUAUACUGCUAUUUUAGAAUAGUCCUCAAAGUUCUAUAGCCAUGUUGAGUGGCAAACUUAAAAAAAGAAAGGAAUAGUUUGCCUAUUACUGUGACCUCAAUUACAUAGUAUUUGAAACAUAUUUUGUAAUUUAGAAUAUCUAGCAACCCCUAUUUCCAGUUUCACAUGCAAGGUAACUGUUGGUGGAUUGCCUACAGACCGAAGAUUUAGAGCCAUUUUGUUUCAUAAUUCAGUUUUUAUUUUACAGAAGCAUCUGGUUGCAUUUCAAAUUAGAAAAAAAAAAAAAAGUAAAUGCCAGAAAAGGCAAAGAGUAAAAUUACUAAGCCAUUUAUUCUGUUUUAGGAUUGUUCUUGCAAAGCAAAUGCAAAAACAAACAAACAAACAAAAACCAGAAAGAAAGAAAGAAAGAAAGAAAGAAAGAAAGAAAGAAAGAAAGAAAGAAAGAAAGAAAGAAAGAGAGAGAAAGAAAGAACAGAAAAACAAAAGUCAACGAAGUGAAUCAGCACUCGGUUUUUCUGGAUGAAGGUUGACUCCACGAAAAAUUGAAAUAAAUAUACCGAGCAGAGUCAAUUACGUAAUUACAAUGCCAUUAUGUAAUUUAUCGUCAUUGUGGAGUAUAGACUGGUUAUGUAGGUCUGCUUUAGAUGGUGCAAAGUUUCCAGACAUAAUAGGAUUUGUAGUAUCCUUACAAUCACUGUCUCUUAGGUCAUAUUCCAAUUUCCUCAAUGUUCAUCACAGAUAUGUUCCCGAUUAGGGUCGUUGCUAACAUUUGAGCAUUUACUAGUUAAAUACUGCUUAAUGGCUAGACUGUGUGUCGCCCGUGAUUUUUAAAAACAUUAUGUGCAUGCAAUUGCAAUAUUAAUAUUACAAUAUUCAUAACUACAUGAUGAAUAGAAAUGUACCCAAUAAUUUUCUAUACAUUUUUUUCAAAGUCCUUUUCUCCCCUUGGCACAACUCAGGGUGAGUUUCUGGUUCCUUGACAAAUAAGGGGGAAAAAAGACGACUGGAGAGAGAUCAGCUACCCACCAUGGUUACCAAGUUCAUCAUUUCCUCUUUCUACAUUCUGAUCUACUAAGGGCCAGUUUUUGUCAUUAUUACUCCUUUCAGAUAUCACCUGAGAUCAGAUAAUGUAAUCUCAGCUCACAAAGCCCAACCAUUUAUAUACUUACCUUGGAGAGCAAUAACAAACUUGACUAAUUUAUGUUGGCUUGUUUAAAAUUCCAAUUUUCAUAAAUGCUUGUGAUAUACUCUAGAGGAUUUGAUUGCAUGAUUUUAACUUCCUUCAAGACUCAGCCUUUUCCCUGUUACCUGGCCCAGAGGUCCACCUAGGGCAAGAUGGAAGCCUUGAAUGAGAGCGGACCAUCUGACUCCUUCACAGGAAUCAGACAUUGCUCAGAAGACACUAGGCGUCUGACCUGGCUGAGCUCAAAUGAGCCAGAUGGAAGGAAAUCUCUUCCCAUGCUCUGACUGAAACUGAUGCUGUUUGAAUACUGGUAUAUUGCUAUUAUUCAGUAUGAAAAAAUGGGAUUCCACGAGUCAGUUACUCUUCCCUGUGUCUUGGUUUGCUACCACUUGUCCCAAAUCAAUGUUUUGCUUCAUCCUUCUGGCCAUCAGGCUGCCCUCUAGGCUUGUGAGAUCUGCUAAAACCCUGGAAGGAGUAUCCCAGACUGGUUGGAGAAAUGUGGGGCCCUUGGUGGCCCACAAUUUAGUUUGAAACUCUAAGCAGCAAUGCUAAGACUACAAAGUCAUGCUUGUUAUUAAUAGUUGUUUUCAGCACAUUUUGAAGAUUGACCUGGAAAACCCAUGGAUAUGGAAUAUUUAUAUCUGUGUAAUUUUUGUUGUGACUCAUUGUUAAAAAUGACAUUUAAUCUUCAGUCAGUUAAAAUACUAUUUUCCAUUUAAAAUACUAUUUUGGGAUAUUCAAAUACAAUAGGCUUCACAUUAGAAUUUUUGAAAGCUAUUGUUUUUCCCUAAGUGCUCUCACUCUGAUAAUCAGUUGUAGAAAAAAUGUACGAGGUUGGUCCUUUCUUUGUCCUUUCCUUGUUACAUGUAUAGUAGUUAAUCUGGUUUGUAAAAGAUACAAGUAAGUAUGACUAUCAGUUGAAAACUGUCAUCUUAUAGCUCCUCCCUGUUAACCUGACCUAUUUUAUCGUCUAUCAUGCAGCGACUUACAUUAGCAUAGAGUACAAAUAACAUAUUCACGAGUUAUGAUUUUGUUUACAUUUUUAUUGUCCAGGUUCUUACGGUAGAAUUUCCCAAGGUGUUUCUAUUCAUACAUCCUUAGUCUCAGUAUUAUUUUCAUGGUCUUCCCAAAGCCAAAAGAAUUAUCUAACAUGUCCAUUUAUUAAGUACUUAGGUCCAAACAACAUAAUAGUAGUAUUGCAUUCCAUAUCUGAUAGAUGUUGCUGUGUUUCCCUUGAAAAUUUAAAAUUUCUUGUGAGUUCACUGAGUGGGAACAGCAGACGGGUUUAAAAAGGUUCAAGUAAUUCCUUAUGCCCAAUGAACUAAGCGUAUCAGGCAAAAGAUAUUAUUAGUAGUAAAUGAGUUAGAAGCUAAUGUUUAUACUUUCUUAUUUGAAUAUCGAUGAUCAUUCUUUUAUCUAUGGUCUUUAUGAUAUACAUAUAAAACUUAUAUGUGCAUUUUUUAAAAAGCAAUUUCCACAUAAUAGCCCAAGGAAAUAAAUUUAAAUUUCCAAAGAAUAAUUUUCAGGAAUCAGGCAAACUAUGGUUCACAGACCAAAUCCACCAGAAGCCUGUUUUUAUAAAUAAAGUUUUUAUUGGAACAUGA